AUGGUAGGUCAUAAUCGGUUGUACCUUGCAUCCACCCGUCAGCCAUCGAACGUGGCGCCGUAUCCCGGAGCCAUCAUAGUCGCGCGCAUCCAGGCCGACCUCCGAAAAACAUUGAGGAACUUUAUCAAGACCGUAGGACCGUCUUGUCCUUACAUACCUACCAAACAUCCCGAUGAACCUGCGCUGCCGACGAGGACAACCAGUGUUAGUGAUGAUGGAACUGAAGACGACGACGACGACGAUGACGAUACAAACCGGGAUGAGGCCACAUCUGCAUUCGUAUUCGGUCCCAGCAGCGUCGUGCAAUCUGAUGAUUUAGUUCAACACAGUGGUAAGGAUAUAUCAAAAUGGAGCACGAUCCUUGUGCAUAUGGUUUGCGCCAGGCUGGAUGCGGCAACACUGCGAAAUUGGGGAACACAUCACAGUUCAACUGAAGUUCCUACAUUCGCAUACCUGAUGGAUUUCCUACGCAAACACUGCGCCAUACUCAAAUCGAUGGCGCCUACGAAAUCAGUCCAAAUCGAGGGGAAAAACUCCAAGUUCACUUUCACCUCCGAGUUGCCGAUUCAUCCAGUUAACGUCCAUAAUCUUGACAUUCCCCAUUGGGUCAAUUUGGUGGAUCCGGAUUUCCAUGAGCCAGAUUUCAGACUACGGCCCAAUGCUACAGCGGACGGUUUUGGGUGGGUCGUAUCAGGUCGCAUUUUUGGAAAUACCAUCGAUGUUUCCAACACAAUCACCUAUUCCUGCUCCACUAUUGAACUGCGAGAGCUCGUCACUAAGUUUUGGGAGUUGGAGUCGUGCAAUAGUUCCAGUACGUUAUCUGUUGAAGAGACGAUAUGCGAAGAGCAUUUCGAGAAGACGACGGUACGAGACACUGAGAAACGGUUCGUCAUUACGCUGCCUAAAAGAGAAAACGUCGUUAGUUGGUUGGGAGACUCCAAGGCCAUCGCACUGAAACAGCUUCACGGAAUGGAAAGACGGUUCGCAGCAAACGGCCAGCCGAUAGCACUCUACGUAGAAUUUGUUCAAGAAUAUCUCGCGAUGUACAACAUGCGUCAGGUCGACGAUGAAGAGACCGCAAAACCAUCGUAUUAUUUACCACAUCACGCUGUGCUCAAACCGGACAGCACGACAACCAAGUUGCGAGUUGUGUUCGACGCGCCUUGUCGCUCUACGACGGGAGUAUCCUUAAACGAUGGACUAAUGGUUGGACCGGUAGUACAGGAUGACUUGCUUUCCAUCAAAAUUCGUUCCCGAUUCUGGAAGUUUGUUCUAGUAGCGGACAUUGCAAAAAUGUACAGCAUGGUUAAAGUAGCAGCAAUCGACCAACCAUUGCAACGGAUUCUGUGGAGAAAUUCGCCAAACGAUCCAGUUAAGACGUAUGAGCUAACCAUAGUUACACACGGCACAGCGUCAGCGCCGUUUUUGGCUACCAGAUGCCUGCAGCAGUUAGCUACUGAAGGAGAGGUUUUGCAACCGACAGCUGCAAAAGUUGUGCGUAAAGAUUUCUACGUGGACGAUUUGAUGACUGGCACGGACACUUUAGAAGAGGGAACGACACUCGCUGCUGAUCUAAUCUCGUUGACGAAGUCAGCAGGCUUUAUGUUACGCAAGUGUAAUUCAAAUAACUCUCAGUUGUUGUCUAUUUCUCCAAAACUUCGAGACGAUCAUUCUAUACUUGAACUUGAGUCUACGUCGAUGGUCAAAACGCUUGGGCUCGUGUGGGAACCGGCCAAUGACAGCUUCAAAUUUGCAGUGCCACAAUGGAGCACUGAGCCUCUUAUCACCAAGCGAGUUGUUCUUGCUGACACCGCUCGCAUCUUCGACCCAAUUGGGCUCAUCGGUCCGGUCACAGUUCAGGCAAAAAUCUUUUUGCAGCAGCUCUGGAAACAGAAAUUAGAUUGGAACGAAGCUCUGCUCGAUAAUCUUCAGAUAUUCUGGAAGGAGUUUAAUAGAAACGCUAGCGCAUUAGAAUCAUUAUCGGUACCAAGACGUAUAGGCUUCAGUAACAGUCUAGCAUCUGUAGAACUACAUUGUUUUUGUGACGCUGCAUAUGGUGCGUACCUGUAUCUGCGGUGCGGUCUCCGUUCCCCUCAUCACGUUGAAGUCACGGGUUGCGCCAUUGGUAGAUCUCUCUCUCGAAAGAAGCAAUCAGUUCCACGACUGGAGCUGUCGUAA